UCCCCUUUUCCUUUGCUUUGAGUAUGCUCGUCUUUAAGUAGGAAACAGAGCGGGAACGCGUAACGUACCACCAGCGGUAGCUCAGACGCAACGACAGCUUUCCUUUACUCAACUCCUUCUUCUCUCUAGGGUUUUUCUCUCUCUAAAACUUUUCAUUUCAUUCUCUAUAAAUAUCAUCACCCGCCUUCAUUUCUACGCUCUGUUGUUCUCUUCGAGAUCUGAGCUUUUUCGUUUUCUCACCGGCGUUUUGUGAGCUCCGUUUUGCCUCCUUCACUAGUUUCAGUUAUGGCUCCACCUAUUGAGCCACCAAAAGAAGCCCCUGGCACUAAGAAGUCGUCACAUCCGCCUCUUAAUGAAAGGAUACUCUCUUCCCUGUCCAGGAAAGCUGUUGCUGCUCAUCCUUGGCAUGAUCUUGAGAUAGGACCUGGAGCACCAAUAAUUUUCAACUGUGUGGUUGAAAUAAGUAAGGGAAGCAAGGUGAAAUAUGAACUUGACAAGAACACAGGUCUAAUCAAGGUCGAUCGUGUUCUCUACUCAUCUGUUGUGUACCCCCAUAAUUAUGGCUUCAUCCCUCGUACUCUCUGUGAGGACAGUGACCCAAUGGAUGUAUUGGUCAUUAUGCAGGAACCAGUUCUUCCAGGCUGCUUUCUCAGGGCUAAAGCAAUAGGGCUGAUGCCCAUGAUUGAUCAGGGAGAGAAAGAUGACAAGAUAAUUGCUGUCUGUGCUGAUGAUCCUGAAUAUCGUGACUAUACUGACAUUAAAGAGCUUCCUCCCCAUCGCUUGGCUGAAAUCCGCCGUUUCUUUGAAGAUUACAAGAAAAAUGAGAAUAAGGAUGUUGAAGUUGAUGAGUUCCUUCCAGCCACAAAGGCCUAUGAAGCAAUCCAACGGUCCAUGGACCUGUAUGCAAGCUAUAUUGUGGAGAACCUAAGGCGGUAGUUUGGUCAAAAGUCGCCGGGAUGUACUGCGUGUUGUCAUGUGUUGUGCGUAAUAUUCAAAUAUUAUGUAAAGUGAUUGUAUACAGAUUAAGAUAAAGACGGAAACUAUUACUUUACUAGGUAGACUGGUUAUAGAUUUCAACUUAAGAAGGUAAAGCCCAAAUAUACCUCCGGCUGCGAAUGUUGGUUGUGAACGCUUCUCAAUCUCUUCUGGGGCAAUCUGGAUAGUAUAGCAUUUCAAACAACUCCAGUUUUUAAUCUAUACUCAAGUUUGUUUCUCUUGCUUCA